AAGAUGAUGGCAAAAAAUUGAACACGGAAAAUGAUGUUAACGAACUGAACCCAGAGGAUGAUGACAAAAAAUUGAACACGAAAAAUGAUGUUAACGAACUGUACCCAGAAGAUGAUGGCAAAAAAUUGAACACGGAAAAUGAUGUUAACGAACUGUACCCAGAAGAUGAUGGCAAAAAAUUGAACAUGGGAAAUGAUGUUAACGAACCAAAGGUGGGAAACGACGAUAAAGAAUUGAACAUGGGAAAUGAUGUUAACGAACUGAACCCAGAGGAUGAUACUAAAGAAUUGAACACGGAAAAUGUUAACGAAUUGAAAAUGGGAGACAGGGAUGAAGAGUUGAACGUGGGAAAUGAUGCUAACGAACUGAACCCGGAAGACGAUGACAAAGAAUUCAACACGGGGAGUGAUGUUGGUAAACUGAACCCAGAAGGUUGUGAUGUCAAUGGAUCGAACCCGGGAGGUGGUGAUGUUGAUGGAUUACACCCGGGAGAUGAUGUCAACGAACCAAGCACUGAGAAUAUUGAUGAAGAAUUGAACGCAAUGAAUGGUACUCACGAACUAAAUAAUGAACGUGAUACUCGAGAACUGAGCACAGAAGGUAACGUUCAUAGAUUAGAUAUGGAAAAUAUUAAAGAGGACAACGAUAACGAUUACGAAAUUAUUUCUCGAGUUUCAUUAUCCCCAUCAGAAGACAAAGACCAAGGGACAUUAUUGAUAACAGAUUCAUAUAAAGAAAACGAAGAAUUGGAAGAGGAUAUGAUAGAAAUUAAGAAAGAGGAGUUCCUCGAGGAUAUUAUAUCAGUGCCGUCGAUUUCGACGACGGUGCCUGAAGUUCACACCGAGGAUAGUCAGGAGUCAUCAAUUUCAAUAUCUUCUGUUGAC